AUGGCUGGAUCUUUAAAGCACUUCUUGCAAAACAAUGAAGAUUCCACGGAGACUAUCGAUGCGACCGAAUCUCAAGAUUCUAAAUCCGUAAUAUCAGUAACCGUGAGUGGACCAUCUGAAAUUUUAACAGAGGCGACUACGGUAACAUCAGGUUCUGCAACAAGUGGCGGUGGUUGUAGUAGCAAAACCGCUUCUACUGAUGCAGAGCCUGAUGAAGCGAUGACACUAUCCUCAUGA